ACCCCCUCAUCCCCGCCUCCAUUUUGUUCGCGAACGCUGGGGACGGUGGGAGCAUUUCCAUUUCCGGGUUGGCAAAAGGGGCGGCGGCGGUGAGGAAGAGCUUGCGGAGGGCCGAGCGGGUCGGCUCGAAACUGGAGCUGAGGUGGUGGAGGCUUCGCUCCUGGAGCGGUUGCGUCCAGGCUGGAAGGAGGCUGGGACUCCUGGGUCGUUCGCCGAGGUGACCUGCAGACCUGAGUAUAUGAGUGACCCAAAGCUGCAAAUAAAGACGGGGCGAGAGCAGUGCGAACUGGGAGCAGGGCAAGGAUGCCAAUUCCUCCUCCCCCACCACCCCCUCCUGGUCCUCCUCCCCCUCCCACUUUUAAUCAGGCAAACACAGAACCGCCCAAGCUGAGUCGAGAUGAGCAGCGGGGUCGAGGCGCCCUCUUACAGGACAUAUGCAAAGGGACCAAACUGAAGAAGGUGACCAACAUUAAUGACCGGAGUGCACCCAUCCUAGAAAAGCCGAAAGGGAGCAGCGGUGGCUACAGCGGCGGUGGAGCAGCUGCCCUGCAGCCCAUGGGAGGGCUUUUCCAAGGAGGCGUUCCGAAACUGAGACCUGUGGGAGCCAAGGAUGCUUCAGAGAAUCCAGCUGGUAAGCCGGCCCUGCAAGUUCCCAGUUCUCGAGCUGCUGCCCCUAGGCAUCCGGGGUCUGCAGCCAGCGCGCGUCCUCAGGAUGAUACCGACAGCAGUCGAGCCUCGCUCCCAGAGCUGCCGCGGACGCAGAGACCCUCAUUGCCGGACCUCUCUCGGCCCACCACCACCAGCAGCACGGGCAUGAAGCACAGCUCCUCCGCCCCGCCCCCACCCCCCCCAGGGCGGCGUGCCAACGCCCCCCCUACGCCUCUGCCGGUGCACAGCAACAAGGCCCCAGCCUACAACCGAGAGAAGCCCUUGCCACCGACGCCUGCACAGAGGCUUCACCCUGGCCGAGAGGGCCCUCCUGCUCCACCCCCUGUCAAACCACCUCCUUCCCCUGUGAAUGUCAGAACGGGACCAAGCAGCCAGGCUCUGGCUCCUCCUCCGCCGCCUUACCGCCAGCCUCCCGGGGUCCCCAACGGACCCUCCAGUCCCACCAACGAGUCUGCCCCUGAGCUUCCACAGAGACACAAUUCUUUGCAUAGGAAGACCCCCGGGCCUGUCAGAGGCCUAGCACCUGCUCCACCCUCUGCAGCCUCCCCUUCCUUAAUGAGUACCAGGCCACCUCCCCCAGCGCGGGACCCACCGAGUCGGGGAGCAGCUCCUCCACCCCCCCCACCCAUGAUCCGAAAUGGUGCCAGGGACGCUCCCCCUCCUCCCCCACCGUACCGAAUGCAUGGGUCAGAACCCCUGAGCCGAGGAAAGCCCCCACCUCCGCCGUCAAGGACACCAGCUGGGCCACCCCCUCCUCCGCCACCACCUCUGAGGAAUGGCCACAGAGAUUCUAUCACCACUGUCCGGUCCUUUUUGGAUGAUUUUGAGUCAAAAUAUUCCUUCCAUCCAGUAGAGGAUUUUCCUGCUCCAGAAGAAUAUAAACACUUCCAGAGAAUAUACCCCAGCAAGACAAACCGAGCUGCCCGUGGAGCUCCCCCUCUGCCACCCGUUCUCAGGUGAAGCCUGGCUUAACUCCUGUUCUCAGGAAAAGGAUGGACCUUGGCCACUUCUCAGACGGUCCCUUCCGUUUCCCUGAAUCCUGCAUGAGAACUCCUAACGUGUUUCCUCAGUGCAGCCAACCCCUAGACUCGAAGCGUCCUCACAGCUCACCUCCAUCUAUGCAUCUCACCUCUGGACUCGGUGAUUGGACUCUUUAUAUUGCAGUAGGGUCUCAAACCCUGCCGCCGUCCCUCCCCUAGCCAGCUUUGCUAGGCAGACGAGGAAGACGCUUCUGUGUCUCCUACUCUCCUCCUGGGGAAAGGUGCCUUGUUGUGAUGAGCUAAUUUGUUGGUGCAGGGUAGGGAAUGGUAGCCCUACUUCCUGUGCCCGCUGUGGAGAAGCUUGUAUUAUAUGUAUUUCAUCAUUUAGCAGGCUGGCAUGGCAAGGACUUUUGCGGAAGAGGGACAUUUUUUGUGCAAGAGGGAAGCAAUUUUCAGAGAAGUGAUCUGUUUUAAAGGUCAGGUUUGGAGAAUGGGCAAGGAAAUGGGUCUGCUUUAUUUUUAGAGGUAUUUUGGUUUUAUACUCACUCUGUUCUCCCUCCACCCGCCAGGGAUAAUUUGGAUAUAAACACUAAAUACUAAUCACUUAAACUAAGCAUGUAACGAAAAGAAAGGGUGAAGGAAACUGAGGAUCCAUUUAUUGCUGGUUGGAUCCUCUGCAGCAAAGGGACCAGGAGCCACUUCUGUCUCUGGGACUCUGCCCCAUUUCCUCAGGGGGCUAGUCUGAGGGGUAGUCUUCCUCUAUUCUGCCACUCAUCCUCUCAAGAAAAAAGUCACUGCUAGGCAGGGUCAUCAUUCAUUAACAAAUCCCAGAAAGCCUCUGUUGAAAGAAAGAUAAGGUUGGGCCUGGACCUUGGCUUUGACCUUAGCUUUGAGUCAUCCUGUCUCCUGUGACCUUCCCUGAAGUGGUCAGUGAGUCCUUAGGCCCUGGAGGAUGUUCUGCAGUGACAGAAAAGGUGAAGUACCUCAUGGAAGGGACAGACUUGGUGAAGAGGGGUGGCUGUGAAGGAUUCUGUGGUCUGCUCAUGCUGACACUCAGAACCCAUCUCCCUGGGCAGGCUCCUCCUGCUCCUUUCUCUACUACCUUUGCCUUCCCAAAACUGAAUGGGUUAACCCAGCAAGUAGAGAAGGGUGUGGAAGUGAGUACAAGCUUAGGGGAUAUUCAGAGAUUUUUUUUUUUUCCCUGCACAAAGACAUCAUUGAGGUGUGCCUCAAUCCAUUAGAUCUUCUUGGCAGCCAGCAGUGUGUCAUUUCUUUGUCUUCUAGGUCCUGGCUUAAUUAGAGAGCACAGAGAAAAUGGAGGUUCUCCCUGGGGUUGGACAGUGGAACAAGGACUUAGUUUUCUCGAAUAGUAGGGUGGAGUUCCUGCAUCCACAUCUAAGGUGAUUUGGUUUGCUACAGCUGUUGCCACCUUCCAAGGCUGCUCAAAGCCUGGUACAAGAGCCAGGAGACCAUGACUAUUGGAAAGGGUUGGGGAAAUAAGUUUAAAAUUUUAAUCUGAUGCACCACAGGCUUAAAUAGGGACCUUUCUGAUCUGUUGAAUCACAGGGUAAGGAUCUGUGUGUGGGGUCAGGUGCAUCCCAGGUCUUCCCAGUGCUAGGUGAGGGGGCCCAGCUUGGUUUAUUUGUAUGGGGUCUGCUGUCCUUUGCAUCCCUUGGACCACAUUGAUUCUGACACAAUCCAUGAUUAGGUCCCUCACCAAGCAUUUCCUAAUGGUUCUUUUUUUUCCAUACCCGUUAGCAGUUACCUCUCAGAAGUAUCCCCAUCAUUCCGAAGUGAAAAGAGUGGAGAAGAGGGCCACUGGUGGAGGGCAAAGUAGAGUUCCAGCAUUGAUGCUGCUGCUGGGCUCCAGGGUACAUGCUGACACGUUACUGAACUUUGACUGUGAAGUCUUCCCAUUUAUUUUUGAAAUGGGAGUGAAUGCCUUUUUGUACAAUGUUAUCAAAGUGUCUUUUCCUUUUUCUCAAAGAUAGAACAUCAAAAUAAGCAUUGCAAGUAAAACCAAACCCCAGCUUUUUGUUGGGGCUGCUACUUUCCUCCCAGUGAUCUGCUGCCCCUCAGCUCCCCAACAGUUGGACUGUCACAUGGGUAUUGAUUGUAUUUUCACUGUCUAGGCCUCAUGAGAAAAGGUCCAUGUCUAGAUCUGGUCAUUGGGUUUUCUUUUUCAGUGCAUGUUGAUGACACAGCAUUUGUUUAAACGUCUUCGCCUUAUACGUUGUUUGGUUCACUGUUAAUAGCAGAUUUGUUGUCGUGUAUAGUUCCUAUUGAAGAUGGAAAUGUGAUCCUCACAGUUAUUGGCUUAUUUUGUAUGUUGUAAAAAGAAGCUUGUAAUAUAGGUUUAAGGUGGGCUGGCUAAAGAGCACUAAAACUUCUCACCUUUUAAACUGCUCUGUUUAUCUGCUUGUGGGAAUGUUGUCUCUUCAGUGGAAGACUGGGUGGUCUCAUGUUGAGGCUGUUGCCCAGUCCUGUUAGCUCCCUGUGCCCUCCAAAGGAAGAGACGUUGCCCAGUGAAGCAUUUGGAAACUGUAUUAAAAGCCCCCGUGUGGGCUUGAUUUUGUGAUUUUUUUUUUCCUAGUGGGAAAAACUCAACAGUUAUUUCUUGCUGCCCUGUCUGGGAAGUAGGGCAGCGGCCCCCCGGGUUUUUAAAUGAGCUAGCUGCCCCUCUUUCCGUUCUUGUCUGGUCAGCAAACCUGGACCAAAGCACUUUGAUAUUCCAAGUGUGUUUUUUCUCUGUGGUGGGAACUUGCUUCAGCUGCAGUGCCCAUUCCCUUCCACAGCCUAGACCAGCAGAGAAAGAGCCUAGAACUGCCCCAGCCAUUGGAUGUGAGGCUACUGUCUCCGGGAGUUCCUCCUAUCCCUCCCGACCGGCAAAGGCCAGGAGACCAGUCACUGGCCUUCGCACUGGGGGAAUCCUCUCACCCUGUAGCUUUCCAUUUGAAACCCAGAUUUACCUCCCGGGGAGGGGUGAGGAAGAAAUUGUAAAUAGAUUUACUACAGAGCAACUCAGGGUUGGGGUGUGUUUUAAUUCUCCUGAUCACUUGAAAUAAUCUGUAAGCCGAGUGUUUAUGCAAGUGGGGGAGCAGUGGGACUCCAGGAGCCUUCCUUUCUGCAAAGCUGUAGGGCUGGAGUACGGGGCUAACGCAUGGACACCGAGCUGUCUGUCCUUCGGGAAACCCAACCUGCAAUCAACUGCAAAUUAGACUCUUCCAAUUCCAGCUCUAGUCUUUCUUUCCCUAUUGAACCUCAGUCCCUGCCUACCUGGUUGAGGUGGCCUUCUGUUAAACCAGCCUACUUUAGGGAAUGGGAGGGGAGAAAGGAGGCCCAUUACAACUCUACCUUCGAGACUCAUCUCUUAGGAACAAUGAAAUAAAAGCUAUAACCACCUUCAGAACCACACACCAAAAGAUUAAGAAAAAAAAAAAAUUUUGUUUAACUGAAGGAAGGGUUUGGUUCCAUUCAGCUCCACCUUCAUCGUGCCUUUACUUGUGUUAUAUUUUUGUGCUUUCUUCCUCUCCCUGUUUGAAUUAAAAUCUUCCUUGAUAAUGA